CCGGAGACCCGACAGUUGGAGACUUCUGCUCGUUUCUACAUUUCACUACAAUAUCACUUUUCUAUUUUGAUUUUUCGUCCAUUGUUGUUCUUCAUCAGUUUGGGUUUGUAUGAGCUCCACGAAAGCUGCGUCGAUUUGUUGUUUAUAAUUUGCAGGUUGUAAACUGCUGUGCCAAUUGAUCAAAUCCUUUUCUUGAUCAUGAAAUCCUCCGAAGAGAGUGGCGACGGUGGAACUGUGCAGGUUUUUGUUGAAGAAAAAGGAUUUGCAAGGAUACUAAUAUUAAACAGGCCCCGACAGUUGAAUGCACUCUCAUUUGGAAUGAUUACUGCACUGCUGAAACAUAUCACAGCUUAUGAGGAGGAUCCAAAUGCCAAGUUGUUGAUUUUGAAGGGAGAAGGCAAAGCAUUUUGUGCUGGUGGAGAUGUUGCAGAAGUUGCGCAUUCAGUUGAUGAAUGUCACUGGACUAAUGGUGCAAUUUUUUUCUGGAAUGAGUUUAGAUUGAAUUAUCUGAUUGCAACUUACAGCAAGCCUCAGGUUUCUCUCCUCAAUGGAAUUGUGAUGGGAGGCGGCGCUGGUGUUUCCAUACAUGGUAGAUUUCGGGUGGCUACGGAGAAAACAGUUUUUGCAAUGCCAGAAACAGCUUUGGGAUUUUUCCCAGACAUAGGUUCUUCAUAUUUUCUAUCAAGGCUCCCUGGAUUCUUUGGGGAAUAUGUUGGUUUGACUGGUGCAAGGCUGAAUGGUGCUGAAAUGCUUGCCUGUGGCCUCGCAACACAUUUUGUGCCUUCUGAGAGAUUAGCCGCAUUGGAAGAAUCACUUACUAAGUUGGGCUCCUCUGAUCCCUUUGCUGUUUGUGCUGUUAUAGAUAACCACUCUGAGCAAGUGCCUUUGAAAGAGACAAGUGCUUUAAACAGAUUGGAUGUUAUUGAUAAGUGCUUUUCUAAGAAAUCUGUUGAAGAAAUUAUAUCAGCUCUUGAGCUGGAGGCUGUAAAUAAUGCCGAGUGGGCACUGGCUGCUGUUCAGUCUUUGAAGAAAGCUUCUCCUCUGAGUCUCAAGAUCUCUCUUCGAUCGAUCAGAGAAGGGCGGCUCCAAAGUGUAGGUUUCUGCCUUGUUAAGGAUUACAGAGUCAGUUGCCACAUUUUGCGUAAGGAGGCAAGCAAAGAUUUCUUCGAGGGUUGCAGAGCUUUGCUCGUGGAUAAAGACAAAAACCCAAAGUGGGAACCUUCCAGAUUGGAAUUAAUAAAUGAUGAGAUGGUUGAUCGUCAUUUCUCCAGAGUGGAUGAAGAAGGAUGGGAAGACCUGAAGCUUCCCGUUAGACAAGGUUUUGGUAUCAAGCUUGGAUCAAAGCUCUAAAGACAUUUAUAAAUCGCUAAGUGGCGGUAUUGAAUGUCCUGAUUUCUGUUAAAAUAUUUUCUCUGCAAUUGGUUUUUUUGCCAUUUUAACUGGACAAUAAUUUCCUCUUUUUGUUUGUUUAAAUUUGCUGUAACUCUUUGGAUUUUUAAGACAUUAA